GGGAGGAGAAGAAGGAGGAGGAUGGAGCCGGCUCGGCUCCGCCGAGAGAUCAGGGCAAAGUAUGAAUCGCUCAUCACCCGAAAUCAGAUAAAGACCGUCAGCUCAGCAAGGACGCAGUUAGAAGAAGGUACAAGUAAAAGAAUGGACAGAGAUGCAGAAGCACUAAAGGCAGCCAGAGCAGAACUGUGUGAAGCCCGACGGCAGUGGCACCACAUGCAGAUCGAAAUCGAGUCUCUCCAUGCUGUGGAAAAGGGUUUGGAACGUUCACUGAGGGCCACAGAACAGCAGUACCACAUGCAGCUACAAAAUUUGGAAGGUGAGAUUGAAUGCUUGGAGAAAGAGUUGUUGGAUGUGAGAAGGGGAAUUGAGAAACAGCUUCGAGAGCACGAAAUUCUCCUGAACACGAGGAUGAAGCUGGAGGAGGAAAUAGCGACAUAUCGCAGUCUGUUGGAACAAGAAGAAAGCAGGUUCCGUUGCUCAAUACCUGCUCAGAAGGAUGACAAAAAGCCCAGCACUAGCAAGAUCACCUUUACGCUGCCUUCAGAGGGUGUAAAGAAGCACAAACCAAAGAAGGUGGAACUGAUGACAAAACAAGCAAUCCUAGAUGGAAAUAUCAUGAAGGAAAGUGCUGAAGCUCAUGGCACUGUACAGACAGAAAAAGUGGAUGAAGUUAUUAAGGAAUGGGAAGGUUCUUUCUUUAAGGACAACCCUCGCUUAAGGAAAAAGUCCGUUUCCUUGCGUUUUGAUCUCCACCUGGCAGCCACAGAGGAAGGGUGUUUGCACACGAAAAAGAAAACCCUCCCCGACAUUGAAGUCAGGUUGGUGAUGAGGAGAUCCUGCAGCAUCCCAUCCAUCAAACCUUAACCUCAGCCAAUUCCCUCAAAGUGCAUCCACAAUGGGCUCCGGAAAUAAACUGUAGAUGGACUCCCACGGCUGCUGUCUGCUACAACCACAACAUCUUACCAAGCACUUGGAUCAAUACAAUAAAACCAUAUAAGUCCUUUAAAAGAAAGGGUGAAGAGCAAGGGGGUUCCAAUUCCAAGAAAGCCUGCUUUUACUGGUUUUAUACUCUGGGUGCAGCCCUUUCAUUUUCUCAUUGUUGUUGUUUUGUAGAAUUUCACCAAAUAUUACAAAAAUUAAACUAGAACUUUAUAGUUUGACGUAUUUUGCCUUUAUAAAGAGAAC